AUGAGUGACAGAGAGAGCGAAGAAAGCAGAAGCAGCACGCCUCUCUCUACCGACUACGACUCCCAGGACUCAGACUAUGAGGUGGGAAAGUCGAGGAAGCGUCGCCAUGCGUCAGAUGGGGGCAGCAAGAACAAGAAGAGGAGAAAAGCCGAUCAGAAGCUAUCUAGCUCUAGCCAAAAGGAGCAGCAAGAGGAGACAUGGACGACCAACAAGCCCUCAUCAGCAACAUCCUCUUCAGAGAGCCCCGAACGCUCUCCAGGGGAGGACAACAAGGCGCCAACAUCCACGACAAACAAUAAAACUACCAAGUCAUCUCGUCCCCAUUCUCACUCACGUACCCGCCAUAACCUAGUCGAGCAGCACUACCGCCAGCGCCUCAACUCCCAGUUCAAGAGGCUGCUUGACAUUCUCCCCAGCACGACUACCCGAGAUGGCAUCAAGCCAUCCUUCACUUACCAUCACCGCACCCCUGGCAUGCCCCCUACCCCGACCUCCAACGCCACAGUCCUCCCUCCCCUCUCCGAAGUCCUUGGAACAUCGCGCAACCCCCAUGUUCAUCACCACCUCAACGGCCACGGUCGGCUGCCCAGCAACAAUUACCCCGCCACCACCAGCGGCGAUGCUAGCAACAGUACCAACAACAGUACCAGCUGCACAGCCAAAACGCCAAGCGGCGUCGGCGCCCUUGUAGAAAAGGGCUGCGACCGCCGCGUGAGCAAGGCCGAAGUAUUGGACCGCGCGCGCCUGUAUAUCCAGGCGCUGGAGCGCGAGCAUCGCCGGCUCAUGGCCGAGCGUCGCGAGCUGGAGCUCUUGUGGGAGGAACACAGGCGACGGGAGCAGGAGGCGCAUGCUGCAGCAGCUGCCAUGCAGGGUCAUCACGCUGCUGUGCCGGGACCGCCGCCGCCGACGCCGGGGGCUCAUCAUGCUGGUUUGCAGGUUCAGGGACAGGCGGGGCAGAUGACGGUUCAGGUUUCGGGGUAUCCGAGCCCGGUUUCGCAGGUUCAGGGUGGCUUGAGGAGGUGA